GACAAUAAAUGUCUGAAGCAGUAUAAUUAUUCAAUCAAUCUCUUCUCCUCAAAUAUAAUAUAUGCAAUAAUAAAGAGACCAUUACAGGAAACACAUACUUUAUCAGUAUAUAGUAAUUUGUUAAAAAUUCAUUCUUCAUAUGAAAAUGAGUGGCUUCCUUUCUUACAUGUGAUGUAAUAAUUUAACUUUACUGCUUCCUUUCUGUUGACUGACCAUUAGACAGGUAAUACAAAUAUUACAAAGUAGGCAUAGAGCAAUAUUGUUUAACCAUUAGCCUAACAGUAGUGGCACCAUUAAUCAUCAUUAGCUAGGGUGUAGAAAGAUUUAAACAUUAGCCACUAAGUAGGAGUGGUUAACCACCAGAACGGGAGUGCCACUUGUUAGCCAUUAUAUAGGAAGCUGAUAUAUGAUAAUUACCAACUUCCCCUUCAAGGCAUCAGAAGAUUCAGGGCGUGCUUAGGCAGAGGAGUGACAGACCAUGAGUUCCAAGCAGCAGUUUGUCAAACUAAAUGAUGGCCACUUCAUUCAUGCCCUGGGUUUUGGAACCUGUAAAUCCCAAGAGAUUCCCAAUAGCAAGUCACUGGAGGCCACCAACCUAGCUAUAGGUGCUGGGUUCCGCCAUAUUGAUACUGCUUUUGCAUAUCACGUGGAAGAGGAAGUAGGGCAGGCCAUUCAAAGCAAGAUUAAAGCUGGCAUUGUAAAGAGAGAAGACUUGUUCAUCACUACAAAGCUUUGGAGUACUUGCCUUCGACCAGAACUUGUCCAACCUACUUUGGAAAAAUCAUUGGAAAGACUGCAACUGGACUAUGUUGAUCUUUACCUUAUACAUUACCCCGUACCAUUGAAGCCAGGGGAUAAUGAUUUCCCAGUAGAUGAACAAGGGAAAGUAUUAUUUGACACAGUGGAUUUUUGUGCCACGUGGGAGGCAUUGGAGAAGUGUAAGGAUGCAGGAUUGGUCAAGUCUAUUGGAGUGUCCAACUUUAACCACAAGCAGUUAGAGAGAAUCCUGAAUAAGCCAGGACUUAAAUACAAGCCUGUCUGCAAUCAGGUUGAAUGUCAUCUUUAUUUAAACCAGAGUAAGCUGCUGGAUUACUGCAAAUCAAAAGACAUUGUUCUGGUUGCUUAUGGUGCCCUGGGAACCCAGCGAUAUAAAGAUUGGGUGGAUCAGAACUCUCCAGUUCUCUUGAAUGAUCCAAUUCUUUGUGAUGUGGCCAAAAAGAACAAGCGAAGCCCCGCCCUGAUUGCUCUGCGAUACCAGAUUCAGCGUGGGGUUGUGCCUGUGGUCCAGAGUUUCAAAGAAAAUGAGAUAAAAGAGAAUUUGCAGGUUUUUGAAUUCCAGUUGUCUCCUGAGGAUAUGAAAACCCUAGAUGGCCUGAACAGAAACGUUCGAUAUCUUCCAACUAAGUGUUUUGCUGACCACCCUGAAUAUCCAUAUUCUGAGGAAUAUUAACAUGGGAACCUAGUCAUGACUGCCUGAAAUUACUGUUUGUGGACAGUGAUGUUGGUGAUUUGAUUUGGAUGCGGUUUGGUGGAUGCCUCAUUUGCCGUCAACCUACGCUGCUUAGUAACAGUCAUGUUCAGCUGAAGCUCCAGCUAAUGGUCUUUAAGAAAAGGGAUUUGA